AUGAACAGUAGUGAUCACGAUGAAAAAUUCGCCUGUCGAUUAGGCAAAGCACUCUACCACUUUGCUUCCUUUUUACGCAUCCCUCAAGCGGAGUAUCUUCAACGCUUCCUGAAGGAGAACAGCCAUCUCGUUGGAGGAAGCGAGGAUGAGAUGAAGGUGCUAUUCUUCGGAAGCAUUGAAAAGUUUGAGGAUAGGUGGUGCCAGAUGGUUGACCAAUUUACCGAAGAUAGGAAAAAGCUGCAAUCGUUUCACGAAAUGGACGAGUAUUUGGUGGAGAUGGAUAAAUUGUGUAAACAGACGCUGAAAACAUUUGAAGAUUACAUGCUGACGCCUAUCAGCGCUCGAUCUGCUAUUAAGACUAUCACCAGAGGUAUAUUCCCUAUGAUUUCAGCGCGUUUACAGUGGCGUGCACUUGAUUAUUUUGAAUUCUAUCUAAAUCAAAUCAACUGCCAGGAUAUGCAUAGCAUGUAUGAGUACACAAGGCUGCUUGAACCUCGGCGCCUCCUAGGGCCAGAGCCUGACGGGAGCGGAAUUGAUUUUGAGAUUCUGUAUAAUCGGGUUGACGAACUCGAAACACGCGCACUGCAUCCAAAAGCAACCGAAAAUCCUACGACCCAACGACGACAGGAGAGAUAUGACGCAGUAACAGACCUCAAUGCUAAAGAAAAACGGCCGGCUCAAGCGCAAUCUGGGGGGAAGGAGCUGUCAUUUAAUCAUCACGUAUUUGAGAGAGAUUUCCAGCUGGCCUACUCAAAUAACGACAAGGAUCAAUUGGAUACUGAUUUUAGUACUUCGGAUAAUUGCACUACCGGUGUCUUCCAUUUCGACGAUGCCACCCUGUCAGACGAGGAGCCCCUAUUGAGGGAAGAAGACGCUAGAGAAGAGAACGAGCCUAUCUCGAGAACAUUAACCCUUACGAGGAACGUCAGCGGUUCUCCUGAGCCCCAGGCUGACCCAUCAGGAGCAUACAGCGACGCCUCGAAUUGCUCUUCACUUUCGGGUUGCUUGCCACCCAACCCCCCUUCAUACCACUCCACCAGUAAGGACACCGUGGAGAAAAGUCUCGGUCUUGUCGAAAGAUUCGAACAAGAUCCCUUCUUCGCUAUAUCAACAAAAUUUAUCAACCCGGCACAAUAUUUCUUGCUUCGCAGAGGAAACUGCGAGAUGCCCUUUAAGGUGGUCCGAGGAGGUGUAAGGGGAGAUGUCUGGUCCUUCGUGAUCAACUUGACGUAUACAACGGAGCAGAUGCGACAGUUAUUGCAGUCGUGUCGUCCGGAAGACAGCGAAGUGGCCGAGGAAUUCAUGCAAAUGUUCCUUCGCCGCCCGAGCUCUAUCCAUAAACGGGUGAUAGUCACGAAGAAGGGUACCCAUUACAAGGUCGUCGACGUUUACAUUGAUGAGGAGUGGAGGUUCGGUUUAGAGCGUAAAGUGACAUUCGAUGAGCUGAAGGACAUGCUGCGCCAGAGUCUGAGGAUGGAGAGGGGAUCUGGAUCCUUGUGGAUGUAGAUUGAUGCCUACGUUCGAGUGUUCUUGUUAGUCUCUGAGAAUAAUGUGCCUCGAUGAUGGACCAAUCAGAUACGACGGCGGGACAUCUUCAUAUAGCAGGUCCUUGAAUAUUCGGCAUGACACAACUGCCUUGAAUCUAGGGAGAUCUAGGGUAAGGUUUGGCACUUCAUGUCGAAGAGCUAAUGAUCGAGACGAUCGUGCCUUCGAGAUAAGAUUUGGUACUCAGUCCUACUAUGACUGGUUAGCGCAUCGGUAAAUAACCCCCCAUCUAAGUGUAUGAGACGUGCACAUUUAAACUUUAAGAGAAAUGUAUUUCGUGCCCAUGCGCCAAGCAACGGUCCGUGAGCGUGAUGAUACCAAUCUCGAUCUACUGUAUCAUCCUCC